CUGGAGUCGAGGCUGUUGUGCAAUGUAAAUCAAGAUGGCGGUCGCCUUGUCGAGAGGUCGCAGUGGUUUGCCCGCUCUAAGCCAUGGAUUGUUCAACAGUGUUAUGCUUUGGAGGGCAGUGCCUCAGGGACUUGUAGCUACAAACAAAAACCAGAGUAUUACCACUGGCUUUUCUGCCAAGCCCAAAGGAAAAAUAGACAAUGCUGCAGAAUUUGUCCUUGCCACAAUUGAUGAUAUAGUGAACUGGGCUCGUAGAGGCUCCUUGUGGCCAAUGACAUUUGGUCUUGCCUGUUGUGCGGUGGAAAUGAUGCACUUUGCUGCUCCCAGGUAUGACAUGGAUAGGUUUGGUGUUGUGUUUAGAGCAAGCCCUCGUCAAGCGGAUGUGAUGAUUGUGGCUGGAACUCUGACAAAUAAAAUGGCUCCUGCUUUGAGAAAGGUCUAUGACCAGAUGCCUGAGCCUCGUUGGGUUAUUUCAAUGGGAAGCUGUGCUAAUGGGGGAGGUUACUAUCACUAUUCCUACUCGGUCGUCCGUGGCUGUGACAGGAUAGUACCAGUAGAUAUUUACGUCCCAGGCUGCCCUCCCACAGCAGAGGCUCUGCUGUAUGGAGUGCUACAGCUGCAGAAGAAAAUUCGCCGUAGUGAGCCUAUCAGAAUGUGGUACCGCAAAUGAGGUUUACGCUACUUCCCGUUUUAAUCCUUUGCUGUGUGGUUGUUGGUUCAAGAUUCCUUUUUUUACUCUACAUAUAGGCACUUGUCGCUCAUUAUUUACAGACAUUGAUAUUUCGCAAGUAUUGCAACCAUUUCCUGCCUUAAUUUCCAUAUCACGGAUAAUGUGUAAGAGUUAACGAGCUUGAAAUGGUUGAUGUUGCAUGUUACUGUCUUGCUGAAAUAAGAAAGUCCUGAUAUUCCCGUUUGUGUGACUGGUAGAGUUGCAUAAGAUUAGGAGCUCUUUGUAUGGUGUAUCAAUCCUCGGAGGAAAGGUAAAGUAAAUGAUACGAAAGCUU